AUGGCCAAGUUUGGUAUCCAAGUUAGUAUGGGGCAAUGUAGAAGAGCAAAGAAGUAUGCACUGAAUCUUGUUGAAGGUAGCCUUGUUAAACAUUAUGAUAAGCUAUGGUCAUAUGGUCAUGAGAUUUUAAGGACAAAUCAUGGGUCAACUGUGAAACUAGAUGUGGAGGAUGGUCCAGAUGGAAAGAAAUAUUUUAGCAAGUUCUAUUGUUGUUUUCAAGGAGUUAAACAAGGUUGGAUUGAAGGGUGUAGAAGGAUAAUAGGUCUUGAUGGAUGUUUUCUUAAAGGUGUGUGUAAGGGGGAAUUGCUUUGUGCUAUUAGGAGGAAUGAAAAUGACAAGAUAUAUCAUAUUGCUUGGGCAGUGGUUAAUGUGGAGAACAAGCAGAAUUGGAAGUGGUUUUUAGAGCUUCUCAUUGAUGAUCUAAACUUGAAUUUAGGAAAUGGUUUCAGUUUAAUGUCAGACCAACAUAAGGGUUUGAUAGAGGUUGUUAAAGAGUUACUGCCAUAUGUAGAGCAUAAGCAGUGUGCUAGACAUAUUUGCCAGAAUUUGCAGAAGAGAUUCACUGUUGAAAAUGGCUUCUUAGAAAGUUUUAAUGCUGUAAUAGUAGAUGCCAGGAAGAAGCCCAUAAUAACCAUGUCAGAGGAUUUAAGAUUAUACAUGAUGGACAGAAUCUACAACAUUAAAUUAAAGGGACAACAAUGGGGAAAUCAUAUUUGUCCAGAGAUAAGGGAUAAGGUGAAUUUGCUUAAAAAAGUUCAAAGGCAUUAUCAGGUACUACCAAGUGGAUUAAACCAGUUUGAGGGAAUAAGAGAAACAGAUGCAUAUGAGGUGGACUUAGAAAGGAAAACAUGUUCAUGUAGGUUGUGGCAAUUGAAUGGAUAUCGAUGUACUCAUUCUGUAGCUAGCAUAUCCUUUCUUAAUAGGGAUGUAGAAGCCUAUGUAGACAACAUGUUUAGCACAACCACAUUUAGGAAGGAAUACAAUUACAAAAUUGCCCCCAUGAAUAGCAGUGACAUGUGGUCAGAGACAAAUUAUACUCCACCAUUGCCUCCUAUUAGUAGAAGGAUGCCUGGUAGGCCAGCUACUAAGAGGAAGAAAUCCACUACAGAGAAUACAGGAACACACAGGGUUUCUAAGGAUGAAAAGAAAAUUAGAUGUAGUACAAGUGAACCACAACAACAUGAAGAGGUUGAAAUGACUCCAAUUGAGAUGGAUACUACUCAAAAUGAUAUGCAAGUUACUCCUACUGAUGUUGAAUCCAGUAGUGCAGGGGAUUUUAGUCAGUCUAUGCAAUUUACUCCACCUAGAAUUUAUGAAGGUGAUGAGGGUGUUGUAGGUGAGGAAGUUGUUGUGGGUGAGGAAGCCGAGGAGGUUGUUCCUAUUAUCCAGGACCAACAGGUAAGGGUUAGGCCAAUUUCAAAUAUUUUGAAGAGGAUAAGAAGAAGAAAGUCAGAGAGAAUAUUGAAGCUGAAAUUAGGCAAAACAAUUGGUGGUGUUGAUGAUCCAGGAAAUUCUAAAGGAAAAGCUUUUGAUGAUGGUAAUUUGGAUUUAAAGUUUAUGUAUUAG